AUCUGUCACAUCACAAGGUCAUAACUCCGAUAAAAACAUGUGGAAUGUAUAAAAAGAUUUAAGUCGCGAGUCUCGUCGAUAAUAUGAUGGUGAAGUUCGUGUUAGUUUAGAAAUUCGUGCACAUAAAAUGUUUAUGUGAUAACAAGUACUUAACUUAUAAUUGUUUACUUAGAAAUAAAUAAUACAAAAUGAUAGAAGGAUACGGUGCAGUAACACAGGCCCUUUUAGGGACCCUUCUGACGUGGGGAUUAACUGCUGUGGGGGCCGGUUGUGUGUUUUUUAUAAGAGGAAAACAUAGAAAAUUACUUGACGUGUCAUUGGGCUUUGCGGCGGGAGUGAUGACUGCAGCGUCUUACUGGUCUCUCCUAGAGCCAGCUAUAAACAUGUGUAAAAGAUCAAAUAUUUAUGGAUCAGAGGGCCAGUAUGCCUUCCUACCAGUGGCCUUUGGAUUCUUGUUUGGAGCUGUGUUUGUAUUUGGAACUGAUAAGUUCCUGGAUUACUUAGGAAUAAACUCGACUGGAAUGAUGAUAACUAUAACAAAGAGUAAAGACUCGAAGGAGAAAUUGGAAGACUUGGAGAUGAUGACGGCGCUGAACAGGCGGCCGUCGAACAACACCAGUGUGGUGACCAUGGACCCGCAGCAGCCGGGAGACUUCGCCGACUGCAUCAGCAACCAGCACACCGCACAGCGGCGCAGGGGCCACCACCACUCUCACCACUCACUGAAAGUUGGUGAGAACGGCGAAGGUGACCGUCGCGACAGCGUCACGAGGUCGCUUGAGGCUCGGCAAUCGCAGUGGAAGCGUAUUAUGCUUCUAGUGGUUGCGAUCACCGUUCAUAAUAUACCUGAAGGACUCGCUGUCGGCGUGUCAUUCGGCGCCGCCGGCUCGUCCGACGAUGCGUCAUUCCACACAGCCAGAAAUCUGGCGCUGGGUAUUGGCAUCCAGAACUUCCCUGAAGGUCUGGCUGUCAGCUUACCGCUGCAAGCCGCUGGCUUCUCCGUGUGGAGGGCAUUCUGGUACGGCCAGUUGUCCGGCAUGGUGGAGCCCGUGUUCGGCGUGCUCGGUGCCGUGGCAGUGGCUGCCGCCCAGCCCGCACUCCCCUACGCACUGGCCUUCGCCGCUGGUGCCAUGAUCUAUGUCGUCGCCGAUGACAUCAUCCCAGAGGCAAAUGCAUCUGGUAAUGGCAAGCUGGCGACAUGGGGCUGCAUCAUCGGCUUCGUGGUGAUGAUGUGCUUGGACGUGGGGCUCGGGUAAGUUCCACCCGCCGCCACUCACGCCGUGCCUUCACCCGACACACGCCGACUUAAUGCUGACUAGUAUUAACGCUCUGAGAUACCCCCUGUAAGUUAGAUGUAGAUAUUUUUGUAUAAAUUCAAAUGUGCUCAUCACCGUCUUGAUUUUGGAUACAUCAAUCGGAAUGGCUUUUUAAUUUCCUAUUGACUGAUACUACUUACAUUAUAUUCACAGAAAGUAUAUUAUAAUUUCAAAAUAUUCCAUACAAUAAAAUAUUGUUUCGGAAUCUGAAUUUAUCAAUAAUUCAAUUGCAUAAUGAAGCGAUCUCAACUUUUUAGGCGGUCAUUAAAAGGUUAAGAAUCCAUCGCUCGAAAUAGUUGCACGGCACACGAGAGUGUACGUGUCUCAAAUUUUAUACGUUUUCUAUAAGUAAUUGGUUGUAUUCAGAUCUCUAAUUGGCUCGCAACAGGUAGCCACAGCGGACACACGCCGAUGAUACUUAAUAAUCUACUCUUUGUAUAUUGAAAGGAAAGUCUCCAAGUAAAUGUUCUAUUGAUGUAAAUGUCAAUUGUAUCCAAAAUCAUCAUUUGUAUACAUCAUUAUACUGAUUGUAAGUGAAGUUCUAAGCUAGAUACUUACUGGCCACUGCAGAGCUUAGUAAAACGUUCAUAAGUUUAGCUAUAUCGAGUAAUGUUUGUUAAUGUGGAUUAUCGCGUAACUUGAGUUCGGUCACUUCUAGAUCAGACUAAGUUUGUGGUACUUUUAUGAAACAUGUUUCAUCUCCAUUGCAUUGCCAAGUCGUAUAAUAGCAUCAAUAGUAAUCCAUGUAACUUGAUCUAUGAAAUAGGACGAUAGUUGUUUACUAUGCGGAGUUCCGCAGCCAAAUUAUUUAUAAUCUUGAAGGUGGAAUUCGUUGUAAAUAUGUAAAGUGUAAGAUAACUGAAGUGCUAGUAGCGCGUAGUUGACGCGGUUCCAUCCCGAAGUUGACCAAUCGAAAUGAAUUGUUUUACUCACACACGUGUCAAAUUGCAUACGACUAUUUACUUAUCAAGCGCAGUAUCUGUAUUGCCCCACAGACAGAUAGUGAAAAUUAUUAGUAUAUUUCUGAAAAUAGUCGAAUAUUUCAAAAACAAUCAGAUCGUGUUGCUCAUAAAAUAAUUUAGUACAAAAACUAUGUUCCUUUGUACACUUUGGUCAAUAAGACACAUUUCGAAUGACAAUGCAAACGUUGGCAGCUCCAGGAAUUGUAGUAAAUGAACGUCAGCUUUAUCCCACAACUGGUGGUCAAAUAUUAUAAUCCCAAAAAUGAUAUUAAUCUUUUAUGUAUAAAAAGUAUUGUCUUAAUAAGAUAUGUAUCUGUAAGAUAUUUGUGGUAUUCUGGUAGCUUUGGUUAGUGUAGAUCUUAUUGCGUAGUUACGAAUUCCACCUGUUCCUGCGCCCUGGAUGUUGUUGUCGCUGUAUUUGUUAGUUUAUUAUUUUCCUUUUAGUGAGAUUUUACUCCGACAUCAACGUUCAGGAGUAUUUUAUUGAUUUUAAGCCGACAUUUUAAGGCCUGUGCUUGUCAGUCGCAAGCGCAGUACGCGGAGGCAUACAUAUGCAUGUUCCCAGUUAAGUCAAUUAAAUCAAUGAUUUCACUGUUCAAAAUAACUGUGACAGACCUUUCUACUGUUCACAGAACUCAAUAAUUACUGUUCAACCAUGUCUAUGUCUGUUUCUUCGAAAGUUGCAUUCUUAAUAUUCUAUACCUCUACGCACUUUGUUAGACUAUUGAGUACCUACGAGAAGUUUGCGUGAACAAACACAGGCCUUAUUCUUAUAUUUAACUAGAAUAAAUAAAAGACAAUAUGAACAUUUUAUAAGGAAUCAAAUAGCCUUAGUAUUUGAGAACAUUCAUGAAUUAUAGUAAUAAUAGUUGUAAGUGAUGUGAGCUUCUGAUUUAUAUGUUAAACUUAUAUAUUCUACUAUAUACGUUUUACAUUCGCAUGCUAUUUCUAUUGCAAUAUGAUAAUAUUUAUUAAAAUGGUAGCUCAGUAUAAAAAUGUAUCAAAAUACAUUAUUUUUCUCAUAUUCUCAAAAGUUCACAUCACUCGAUACACACGUAGAAUAAUCAUUAAAAUUUCCAAAAAUACUAUAAUAAAAUUAUGUUUAUUUGAUGAAAUAUAUUUAUUUAAGCGAAUUUAUUUUACAUGCUUCCAAAGUUUAUGUAGUUGUAAUGAGAGUUCAAAGUGUUUAUUUUGCAUUUAUUCAUCUAACUUGUUUGAGUUACCUGUCACAAUAGCACAAUUUUUAGUUCAGACUACAUUGUUACUUAAGAUUACUUUUAUUAUUUUUUAUAUUAUACAAAAUGCAGUGUC